ACAGCUCAAGGGUUCUCCUUGGCUACAUGUUAGUGAAUGUGCCUCUCCACCUGUGACCACUGAGCAGAGGAGUGUCACAGUGAAAGUGGCCAUGUAUCCUUUCAACUCUGAGGCAGAGACCUCGCUUCAGGACCUGUUUGAAUAUUUCAAGAGGUGCCUGCAGCAUGGGGAGUGGGAGCUGGCCAGUGCCUGUGUGCCACAGCUGGUUAACUCAGCACUUUCAGAAAACUUACGAGACAUAAUCACAGCUAUUGUCUGCCAUCCAUACAAUUUAAAAUGGGAGUCUGUGGGCAGUCCACACAAACUGGCUUGGUUUUGGCUUCAAGUUUUGGAGAAAUGGACAGAAGAGAAGGUUUCUCCCAACAUCAGAAGAGAGCUGGAGUUCCUACUGCUCCUGGAGGAACUGGGGUCAGAGGGCAUAACAGAGACUGUUCUCAAGGAGUUGCACCAGGCCUUCUUAAACACCCAGGCUGAUCAAAAGGCAGCAGAAGGUUCGAGGACGACAGAUGCUGCUGUUGAGUCCUGCCUCCAAACCUUAUUGGAGAAAAAGAAGCCCAGACUGGCCCAGUCUGUAGCACAUUUCUUACAGGACCAGUCAUCCACAGAGGACCAUACUCUGCAGCACACAUUCAUCCAGCACCUGAUGAAGAAACUGGGAAAGCCAGAGAGGAAGCCAGAGAAGGUGGAGGAGUGGGUGGAGGAGAUAUAUGCAGUGUUGGCCGUGAUGCCACAGAGCUCUGGUAGAAGCAGUGGGCAGUUUGAGGCACUGUGUGAAGCUCUGUGGGCAGCCAGAGAUGGUCCCCUGAAAGAGGAGAGGAUCCUGAGCUCGCUGCUUCGCCCUCAGUGUGACUCUCUCGUCUCUGUUUACUGCUCCACUGCUCUGAGGCUGCAGAGGGAUCAUCUGCUGAGGAGCACACCUGUCACACAAGUGGACCUCCCUGAAGCAGAGAAGCUGGCUCUCAGUUUAUGUUGCCAAAAGGAUCGUCCAUCCAUUUGGAAGACUAUUUAUUUUGAGUGCCUUAGUAGUGGGAAACACUUCCUGGAGCAGGUCUUGGUUACUGCACUUGACCUGAUUAAACACGAGGAGUUUUCUCAGCUGAGAGACUUACUGCAGCUGGAGUUCCAGCCAUUGUCUCGUCUGCUGUUGCUGCUGGGAUGGACUCAGUGUCGCAGUCUGAGCUCAGCUCAAGUGCUGCUCAACAUCCUUCACCGUGAGCAGGCCCCAGCCAGUGAUUCUGUUCUGCAGGAGUUUGCCAAUCUUUUGUCCUCUCAGCUUGGAAUACUUGAAUGGUGUAAAAACAACAAUCCAGAUAUUUCCAUGGAGGCACUGCUGACACAGCUUCACACUCUGGACAGUCAUUCAGCUCUCUAUAUUCUGCAUUCUCUGACUCCUUUGCCUCAGUUUGAAGAGCGCAGGAUACUGGAUCUGCUGCAGCAACUGCCAAAUUCACCAGGAGCAGAGGACACCGAAGCCAUCAAUACUCUCAGCCCUGGUGUACAGAGGAACAUAGUUUUGUUCCAGGGGUUUUGUGCCAUGAAGUAUGCCAUCUAUGCUCUCUGUGUAAAUGCACAUAAAUACUCAAAUUGCACCGAGUGUGAGUCCAUGCAGCCACAACAGCAGCAGGCCGCUGAAGCAGGAACAGACCAAAAUCAAACCUCAACUUCCUCUGAAGGUUGCCAUUUGCAGUUCCAGCACUACCUGUCAGAGUGUCAGCUCUAUCUGGAGGCUGUGCCGGCCAUGUUCCGCCUGGAGCUCCUGGAGAACAUCUUCUCCCUUCUCUUUCUUUCUACCGCCGACUUUGCGCAGCAGAUUCAAAAAGACGCAAACUCAAAUCUGAACACAGGGAAUGCCAAUCAAGACUCUUCAUCAGACACAAGGAACACACAUGUAGAACUGGGAGCCAAAACAAAGACAGAUGAGACUGAUCACAGCAGGGAAGAGAGCCAGAAAAUGCAGACAAGUUCACUAACAGGAUCCCACUGCAGCCACCUGGAUCUGGGACACUUCAUCCAGGGCUGCAAGGGUUUUGUGGUCGAUGUGACAGCCAUGGAGGGUUUUCUGAAGCUGCUGAAAGAAGGGUUGGAGGGCAUGUGUGUGGUGGGUCAGCAGGAGGGGCAGGAGGCGGGAAGGGCGCUGCCUCGAGAGGCCGAGGCGGCGGAGAGUCUUGGCUGCUCUGUGACGGCUGAGACAUUCGGGGCUCGUCUGCAAAGGUUGUCCAAACGCACUGCGGAGGCUCAGUGGAGGCUGCAGAUCAUCACCAGCAACCAGGGCGGUGGAAGUGGCUCAGAGAGCCCCCUCCAGAUGUCAGCGGUCAGCUGUACUGCACCUUCUGUGGGACGUAGCAAGAGCUCAAGUCUGAGGAGGAGGAAGAGGCCAGGGAGACAUUCCACAGAGAGACAAACCUCCAUAGAGAAACACAAUGGAGAAGUCAGCACGAGUGCAUCAGAUGGUGGAGGAGGAACAGCAGCAGGUUCUGUGGAACUGGAAGUUUGUCCAUGUGGAGGUCCCCACAGCUGGCUGGUCCCUGCCAUGCUGUCCCCUCCAGAGUCCCUGCUAAUGUCCUGCAUCCGCAGAGGAAACUUCAUGGAGGCUCGUCAGGUGUCUCUGGUGUUUGAUCUGGGGGCGUCUACCUGUUGUGGCGAGUUGGUGUUCAUGGAGCGCUACAAAGAAGUUCUGGUGGAAUUGGGGCAGGUGGAGCAGAAGAUGGAGAGCCAGUCUAUGUCUUCAUCGUCGUCCUCCUCAGAGGGCCUAGGUUCAACAGCUGUGUCAGGCACAGGGAGGGCUCGGCUCGGCAGCAGUGGGCGGUCAACACUGCAGGCCAUCGGAAGUGCUGCUGCUGCAGGUGUGGCUUUCUACUCCAUCUCAGACAUAGCAGACCGUCUCCUCAGCACCCCUGCUCACCCCAUGCCCUCACUGGAGGAUGGCUACUGGCUAAGCUGCUGCUCUUCAGACCCAUCUGGACUCCUUUACACACUGCUGGAGGAGCUCAGCCCAGCAGCUAUGGCUGCCUUUGAUCUGGCCUGCUGCCACUGUCAGCUCUGGAAGACGUCCCGACAGCUGCUGGACACAGCAGAACGCAGGCUCAGCAGCAGCCUGGAGGCACGAGGAGUACGAGUUGACCCCAGAGUUCCUCAUUCUGAGGGGAUCUGUGGAUUUCCCAUGGUAUUACAACAGAUCAACAAGAUCCUGAAUCACUCUACUACCAAUAAGGGCUCUGUCAAAACAGAAGUUGUAGGGGAGGACCAAGUAUCUGCCAGUCCAUUUGGCUGCUGCAUUCAGGAGGUGCUUCUGUGUUGCCACUCAACACUGAAUGAGGAGUUCAUUGCUGCUCAGCUCAGUUGGGCUCAACGCUUGGAGACCACCCUGCACAUACUCAGCACUGCUACAGAUGGCACAGAGGGGGGUGUAGGCAGUGCUCUUCUGGCACAGUUGGUUGAACAGGCCAGUCUGAAGCAGUCAGAGCUCGACACUCACCCUGUGCGUUCCAGCAUGAAACAGCUGCUUCGUUCUCUGGACCAACUCUGUCCCUUUGAGCCAGACGGAGACCUUGCCAGACCAGAUUAUGUACGGAGUUUCCUCGACUACGUCAACACACUGGCAUCCGUGCUGGUGCGCAGUCUUAGUUCAGAAGACCAGAGCAGUGAAGUGAAGCUUGGGAAUCCACUGCUGGUGCUGCUUCAAGCCCCAUUUCAGCUUCUCUCCCACCUGUUAUUUGACAGACAGGUGUCUCCUGACAGACUGCUGUCUUUGCUGCAGCAGGAAGGCCUGAGACUCAGUGUCCAGCAGGUGAUCGUCCAGCGAUGCUGUGAGACGUUGCCUAUGUGGUUCUCUGUCCGAUGUGCUGAAAGACACUCCAGCCAGGCCAUAAAAGAUGAUGGAGUGUUUGGCGUUGCCAGUUUGUCUGUCCUGCUCCAACAGCAUGCUCAGGAGCACAUGCCAACUCUGGGAAUCACAGAGCCUCAGUCUGAUGCGAGCUCUGAGUCUGAGGGCUCAGUGGACGACCACUCUGCUACAACCACCAGCCUCUCCACCUCACCACCCUCUAAUUCGUCCUCCUCAUCCUCAUCCUCAAACUCCUUUCUCCUCACGCCGUCGGCCUUGUCUUUCCUCAAGUCUCGUUCCCCAUUACUGGCCACACUGGCGUGUCUGAGUGCGUGUAAAGGAGAAACUGCCCGGACACAGACCUCUGGAUGGUCAGGGUAUUUCCGCACUGGACGUAAAGAGGUUGUCCUGGAUGGUGAGCAGAUUGCUCGUGAAGCUGAUAGCCUCCUGAAAGAGUUCCCUAUCCUCUGGUCCUACCUUCAUACCAUGGCUGAACCAGUGCUGGGCACCCCGUUGAGUGAGGGCGAGGAAGGCCUGCUGGACUUGGGGCAGGUUGUUUGCGGGAAACCUCUUGUCACUCUCCUGCUGUCUGGACCACAGGAAGAAGUUGCCCAGGCUGUGGCUGCUGAGGCCUUCCAGAGGGCUCUUUCCUCCAGAGACCUGGGCCGAGCUCUCAGCCUGCUGGAGCUGUAUGGGCAAGGCUGCAGCCAGGAGGGGGUGCUGAGAGACCAGCUACUUGCCUGUGCAGCUUUAGAGGAUGGAGGUGAGGGAACAGGUCAGCUCUUCCGUGUACAGGAUGCAAACCUGCGAGCACGUGUUGCCCUCCAGGCUCUGGAGCGAUGGCCUCUGUCAGCCUGUCUCGACCUGCUCGAGUUUUGCCUCAAUGACCCGAAUACAGAGGCCUCACUGAGAACAGACUUAGAGCUCAAGAAGAAAGAGCUGGACAUCUAUCGCUGGAUGUUGGAUUUACAGCCUCCGUUGCCCUGGGCUACUUGGCAGGAGCUGAGGACUGAGUCUAAGACAAACUCAGAGUCCAUGUUAUCCAUGAUGCUGGAGGCAAAAGAGUUUGUUCUUUGUGCACAAUGGGUGGAGCUGUAUCCUGUAUCAGACCAGCUGAGACUGAAGCUAAAGACUGAGCACUUACUUCAUCUGCUGGAGAAGGGACAGACCGAUGAGGCGUUCCAGUUACUUGAGGAACUCUCUGAUUUUGUGGUUGGCCUGGAUGUUUGUGAGCGUGCUCUGGAUCGCUGCCCAGGCCUGGCCGCCUGUCACUUCCUGGCCGAUUAUCUCACCUUGCAUUUUCAGAGGCAGGUGUCUCCAGCACGUCGACGACACAUCCACGCCCUUCACCUAGGCUCCAAGGUGUUGCUGACUCUGCCACCAGCAGCCAGGCAGGACUAUUUCCCCUUGUUGUCAGAGCCUCUUCUGAUGCUCGAGCAGCUUUUGAUGAAUCUGAAGGUGGACUGGGCAGAUGUGGCAGUGCGAACCCUGCGGAGCCUCGUGGUUGGUCAGGAGGCUGGCUUUGGUGCGGAGGACAUCGAUAAGCUUCUGGCAGACUAUGCCUGCAAAGCCCUGGACUUCUCUUGUGCCCCCAGAGAGAGGUCUAGAUCUGACUCCGUAAUCAGUCUCCAGGAUGCACUGAUGCAGUGUCCUGCUCAAGACAGCAGCUCCCUGUCAUCCAGCCGAAUCGAAUCUCCAACACCCUCUACAAACAGCACCCCUACACACACCCCCUCCUCAAACAGCACAGAAAGGGAGAGGGACCGAAGCUCUGCAGGGAGGAAACGCCGCUCACCUGCCAAGUUCCAGCCUCCAGACCAACCACCAGCCCGUAAAGACUGGGUCCCUGACACACAACAGCAUGUGUGCAUGGUCUGUCAGCGUGAGAGGUUCACCAUGUUCAACAGACGGCAUCACUGUCGGAGGUGUGGCCGUCUGGUUUGUCAUGCAUGUUCUGAGCGUAAGAUGCCUGUAGAGGGAUGCCCAGGAGAAGAAGUCAGAGUCUGUGACCAGUGUUACACCUACUUUCAUCCAGAUUCUGAUGAUGAGCUGGAACCAGCUGAAGUGGCUGGUAGCCCUGUGGUGACAGAGGAGGUUUUAGAUGGGAUGCUGCAUCUGCCUGAAGUGGUCCAGCGACAGAUUCAACUCAGCACAAAUCCUGCAGAGAACCAGCUGCUGCGGAGCGAGUUCUACUAUGAACAGGCUCCCAGCGCAUACCUCUGCGUGGCCAUUUUGUCUCUGCACAGUGACCAAACAGCCUGUGGACAUCAGCUCAUCCUCCACUGCCGCUCUCUGUCUCGUAAGCUGACCAACCCGGAGGUGGACGCCUGCCUCCUCACUGACAUCAUGCGGCAGCUGCUCUUCAGUGCCAAGCUUAUGUUUGUCAAGGUUGGCCGCAGCCAGGAUCUUGCCUUGUGUGACAGUUACAUCAGUAAAGUGGACGUGCUUAAGAUUCUUGUGACGGCCAAUUACAAAUAUAUUCCUUCUCUGGAUGACAUUCUGGAGACCUCUGCUGUCACACGCCUUCGUAAUCAGCUGCUGGAAGCUGAGCAUUACCAGCUAGCAGUGGAGGUUUCUACAAAGAGUGGUCUGGACCCUGGUGGUGUGUGGCAAGCAUGGGGGAUGGCCUCUCUGAAGGCAGGAAACCUUUCAGGGGCGCGGGAGAAGUUUUCUCGCUGCCUGAAAGCUCCAGUGGACCGCAACCAGCUCACCCUAGGUCCCUUACUGCUGCAAGAGAUUGUCCAGCACCUGGAGACCACUGUACGACCCACUGUGACCAUGUCCUAUGGUGAGGACAUCUUGGCGUCCCUGCGGGAGCUGGAGGACGCCCUGAAUGAUGCAGGUCCUGGUGAGAGACCAGAGGGACAAACACAGGGCGGCAGCCUCCACCAGGAGUGUCUGUACUACCUGAACACAUAUGGCACUCACCUGGCACUGAUCAGCUUCUAUAUCCGUCAUGACUGCAUGACAGAGGCCCUGACGUACUUGCUCAACAAGGACUGCCCAGAGGAAGUGUUUCUUGAGGGUGUGUUGCAGCCCAGUCUGGAGCGGGGGCGUCUUGGCGCGCUGCAGGGGAUACUAGAAAAACUGGACCCCAGCCUGGAGACGUGCAGCCGCUACCUCAUCGCCUCUUGCCAGUUCCUGCAGCGGCGUGGAUACUUUAACACUCUCUACCAGCUUCAACAGUUCAUGAUGGAUCAUGUGCGUGCAGCCAUGACCUGUAUACGAUUCUUCACACAUGGAGCCAGUUCAUAUCUACAGCUGGGAGAACAACAGCGUUGGUUGGUCAGAGCCAAAGAACACCUGAGGACGUACCUGCAGGAACAGCAAGGUCGGGGCUCUGGGAGGAGAAAGUCUCAGGUCAACUCAGUAAGGAAGACGAUGUCAUCCAGUGAUGUUUCCAGGCACAUAAAUACAAUCGAACUCCAGCUGGAGGUGACCCGUUUCCUCCACCGUUGUGAGACUGCUGCCUCCUCCAAGGCUCCACAGACCAGUACACCUUCCUCCAAAUCCUCUGGAUCCAGUACACCACCUACACUGUUUGGGGGAAGUCCCAUGAAGGUUGAGGUCGCCUGUAAGGUAAUGCUUGGAGGAAAAAACAUAGAGGAGGGGUUUGGCAUUGCUUACAGAGUCAUACAGGACUUCCAGCUGGAGGCUCAGGCCGUCUACACGCGGGCCGGCCAAAGACUCGUCAGACAGAGACAAUAUGGAGCCGUGCGGCAGCUGCUCAAAUGUGUCGGUGAAUCAGGCACGGCCACCAAAAACGACUGCGAUGCGCUCAUCCUCAGCUGCGUCUCCAUUGCAGAUAAGGGACCAGCUGAUGCAAAGGAGCUGGAAAGCCUCAUUCUGGAAACUAAGAGCACAGAAAGCAAGAUCAAAGCCUACCUGCUGUGCAGCAAGCUGCGGCCAGCGUACCUGCUAGCGGUGAAGCUGGAGCCGAGCCGGGCGGGCCCGUUGGUCCAGGAUGUCCUUCAGGCCGCCGAGGGAGCACAGGACUCAAUGAUGCUGAACAUCUGUCGCCAGUGGCUGUCUGAACAUCACAGCAAGUCAUCUCAGCAGCGACAGGGCCGACCCUCUGCCAGGUAAAGGCACAGACGGCAUGACAAGGGAUUACACAGAGCACUUGAAAUCAAAAACAGAUGAGCCGCAAAUGAAACGCAAAUAAGAGGAUCCAGGGUUUCUGAUGUAACACAGUGGUAGAAACGUGUGGCUGGUGAAUGGAUUCGUAAGAUUUCAGAUCAAUGACUUAUCUUAGGGUCACACUUCUACUACGUCCUCAGAUUCACAGUUAAGAAAGCUAUCAAAAUGAGAAAUAUCUUUACUCCAUGCACCCAUAAUGCAAUGUGACUGCUGACAGUUCAGUCCAAGAUUUAGGUGUGUUAUUCUGAUGGCAGUGAAUUUAACCCUCAGCUGCUAGCCUCAAGUAGAGAUGAGGAGCAGGCUAUAGAGGUUAUUCAAGGUUUGGGAGAAUGUAAUUUUGAUUCUCACGUUGCUGCAGUGCUUUACAGAUGAACUCCAGGACCCAGUGACGUAACUGUAAAGUGUUACGUGUGCAACAAAACACACUUGUUACAUAUCAUUGAUAGAGACAAAAAACCCUUCAACCAGAGAGGGCAGUGAAACACUGAUCUUCAUCCUGGUGUUAAGUUACCAUUUCAGUGGAAACAUCUAGAAACAUCUAGAAACCCUGUUGAUCACUUUCUCUUCAUUUGUUCAGCCUUCCUGUCUGUAAAACGUAACGCAAAUCACCGCCGUGCUUUAUUUCCAUUCCGGAAAUAUUUCGCUGUUAUCUCUCAUCUGGUCAGAGUUUGAGAGGGAACAAUGUCACUGCACUGGAGUGACAACAACUUUUACAUAACAGAACUGCGAGCUGCAGUCUAAACAGACACUUUCAUUCUUACACAAUAUAAUCCUAACUUUACCGUAACACAGUAUUUGACUAAGAUUCGUCUCCUACCUCAACCUAAAGGGAAAUUAUCUUUAACUGACUAGAAAGCCUCUGACAAAUGUCUUAUGUGAAGGUUUUUUUCCCCAUUUUUAUGUCCUUAUUGUUUCUUUGUGUGAACCAGGUUUUUAUUCAGACGUACAAGUAUUGACGUGUCCUCUGCCAAGAGCAGUACAUGUUGAAACCUUACAGAAACUGAAAAAUGUUGUCAUGUUUUUGUAAUGUUGAUGAAGCUGUUUAAGCACACUCUCUGGCCAGCUGUUAGCAUACAUUUCCUUUUGAUAAGGGAAAUGAAUAUCAAACAAUCUUGUAGUAUUUAAGGGCAUUUCAGAUGUUGUUGAGAAAAUUACAAAAAACAUAAAAGUUUUAGCUUGGAUACAGAAAGGGACCCACUUGUAGAUCAGGUUUAAUUCAUUAUACAGAAAAUCAACCCUCUAGUCAUCUGUUUUUAUGUCUCUGCUUGUGUCGUUUGUGUUUUGGCAACUAUUCCUCACAGUGUUGCUUAUUUUAAAUCAUGGUUUUUGCUUUGUUGACCCAUAUCUAUCUGAACUAUAUAAAUCCUUAAUGAUUAACUUACACAGAUAAUGAGUCAAAUGAUGGUUCAAAAAAAGGGAUCCAGCUGUGGUCUUAUGUUAUCUGUUGAUUGUUGUUUUUCCUGCUUCUUUCACAAACCUACAACAGGAAAAUAAUGCAACUGUAGUGACAACAGGAAUCACAUCUUUUAAUUCACUUACAUGACAAUCACCUAUGUUGCUGAAGCUGCCUUGUCAAGAAUGUGUAUUUCAUAGCAUUUCUGAUCACAUGGUCAAGAAGUACAUCUUCAUUUAGAGGCGAUACUGUGUUGUCCCUUUGCCUUGCUUCCCUCUGCUGCACUAGUCUGAAGACUGAGACUGACAGAUCUUCCUGUGAUAGUGAGUGUUGAUUGGCAAGAGAUGAAAAGAAGCCAGUUUAGAUUUUUGAGAUGCACGCACACGACAUUCUUGCACUGUUUUCCUCUUUACCUUUGACUGUUGUUUCAUCACUGCCGCACUUUAUAUUAGUGAGUUUAAAAACUAAACUUCUUGGGGGAAAAAUUAUGAAAAUAUGUAAUAAUAAAACUGCUUUAAUGAUGCAGGGACUAAUGAUUUUGAAAUGUGAUCGAUUUCACCAUCCCUUGUAAAAUAAAAUGAAAUAAUAUGUAA